AUGCAAGUUGCACGUGUGAUUCAGCUGAUUGAACGCGUCUUGGUGGAAGUUGGCCACCAAGCCCCGAGCAUUGCCUUGGGGCAUUUGAGGCAAAUUGCCAGCACCCUGGAAGGAUUGCAUUUGCAAUGCUCCAUGGUGCAUUGUACUUAUUCCGGAGCAUUGAUGGACAGCACAUUGCCCCCGACGAUGUUGGCAUUUAAUUGCUUCGCAACGUGCCAAUUCGCCUCUCCUGGCAUGCCUGCAGGAUUGGCCACCUACUUGAUUCGCUAUGUGAAGGAAAGAUUGGUGAGCGCCACCAUUGGCAGCAUUGUCAACAUGUCUGCAUUGGUGCAGAACACAUGGUUCCGAGGAGAGCAUUGGCUUCAACAGAUUGCCUCUCAAGUCACCCUGACGUACAAAGGGCAUUGCAACUUUGAAGACGGCAUUGCCAACCCGUGCCAAACAUUGGCAACCGCGCUUGCCAAAGCGCUUCAUUGGUACCGCCAAGGCCAUAUUGAAGCGUCGGCAGAAUUGUCUGCCCUCUUUUGGCGACCAACGAUUGAGGCCACGUCCUCGGAAUUGAAGACACAAAGUGGUCGCGGCGGCCAAGCCAAUUGGCAUAACACAAGCUAUAUUGGCUCCUCCUAUUGCGGCAUCAUUUCGGCAGGGCCGGAUGGAUUGCACACAUUUUCCAACGUCGAGUUGGAAAAUUGCUUCAGCGUGAACCUCCGAUUGUCUGCAAAGCAAUGCUCCAUUGGCUAUCUGCAGGACUGCUAUAGCUGCUACGCGGGCUCCGGGGUUCACCGGCACCUUAUCUUUCCAUUGGCCCUAGCCGGGGUAGAAAAGGUGCCCCAAUUGGCAACCAUUGGGGACCGCAAUGAAGAAGAAGAAAUUGGGCAGCACAUUGCCCCAGUGGCAUCGCGCAUUGCCACAGAGAACGCGCAGGUGAGAUUGACAUUGCCGCACGGCAUCGAGGCAAUUGUCACUCACGAGUGA